AUGCAAAAGAAGGCGGCCUGGGAGCAUGAGGAGUGUGGAUCGGAGGUCGCGGAGUUCAUGCGCAAGACCUCCACCAUGCCGCGAGACCGCGACCAUAGAGCCAUUCUAGUCGCACCCAGUGAACAGACCUGCACCUAUUGGAUGGAUGGAUUCUGCUACCUCAAAAAGUACAAUCGCGAGAGUGAAUGCUUUGCGGAGGACCUGAACAACUUGGUGCAACUGGAAUUAAGGAUGCGCCUUCUGGGUCUGGACUGGUCGGCCGUGCCCACGACUCCCAUUCCACCUCCGUCCACUUAUCCUGACACAUCGACUCUGCCCUUUUGA